AGGUUACCCGCAACAUCAAAAAGUUCCAGAAGGUCAUCGAUUCUCAAACUACCCAAAAAGUCAAACUCUCAAAAUGCAGAGUCAAAUUCUUCUGAAGAAAGCAGUCCAACUAAACAAUUAAAGCGACGAGUCAGUUUUGCUGAGAAGAAAAGCGUCAAAGAAUUCGCGGAUUCAAUAGAACAAGGGACAGUCUGGGACAGCACAUACGAAGAAAGUGACUCCAGUCAGAUAAGAAUGAGCCACAGUGAGUAUACUAAGUCUCUAGUGAUCCAAACUAGCACAAACAUAACCUACCAGAGUACUCAAAUCCAAGAAGACACUAGAUUAAGUUUGAUGGUGCGACCAGAGAUCGAGUUCAAGUUCCCAACAGAAUCAUGCACCUCAAGAAUUUCGCACGUCGAUCCCGAGAUCCUGGCAAACAAAGAGAACAUGCCUGAGAUCCUGGGCCUGGAGACUGUCGAGAGUUCCUUCGUGGAAGUUGAAGAUGUUCCGGUUCAGGCUUCAGGGUUCGCGGUUUACUGCGACGAAGAGAACUUAAAUGAAACUAACACCGAGGAUGUUCCAAUGGAAUGCACGAUUGUCGCGGAUGCUGAGGAACGUGACAGAACUCAAAUAUUUGGGAACGAGUCUAUUGAAUUCACUGAAGUGGUUCCAUCAAAGGCAAUUAGGUCCUGUCUGGGUGAUGAAGCACCUUUGGUGUUUGAUAAGUCCAUGGAUAUUACUGAAGUAGUUCCUUCAUUGUUGCGUUCUGCUGAAAAAACUGUUUUUCAUAACAGAUCUAUGGAACUCACUGAAGCUGCUCCUAGAACGAACUUGCCGAAUUUCAGAUCAGCUGGUGAUAGAAUACAAUUUUUUCAUGAUAAAUCUAUGGAACUUACUGAAGCUGUUCCUAGAACAAACUUGACGAAUUUUAAUUCAGUUGUUGAUAAAACACAAGUUUUCAAUAACAGAUCUAUGGAACUCACUGAAGCUGUUCCUAGAACGAACUUACUGGCUAUCAGAUCGGCAGUUGAUGGCACAGAAGUUUUUAAUAACAGAUCUAUGGAAUUCACUGAAGCUGUUCCUAGAACAAAUUUCAGAUCAGCUUGUGAUAAAACACAAGUUUUUCAUGACAAAUCUAUGGAACUUACUGAAGCUGUUCCUAGAACGAACUUACUGGAUAUCAGAUCGGUAGCUGAUGGAACAGAAGUUGUCAAUAAUAGAUCUGAAGCUGUUCCUAGAACGAACUUGCCGAAUUUUAGAUCAGCUGGUGAUAAAACACAAGUUUUUCAUGAUAAAUCUAUGGAACUUACUGAAGCUGUUCCUAGAACAAACUUACUGACCAUUGGAACAGAAGUUUUUAAUAACAGAUCAAUGGAACUCACUGCAGCUGUUCCUAGAACAAAUUUCAGAUCGGCUGUUGAUAGAACAGAAGGUUUUAAUAACAGAUCUAUGGAACUUACUGAAGCGGUACCGAACUUAAAAGGGCAUUUUAGUAAUGACAGGACUCAAGUUUUUCAGAACCAAUCUAUGGAACAAACUGAAGCAGUUCCUAGAACAAACUUACUGAAUUUCAAAUCAGCCGAUAAAACACAAGUUUUUCAUGAUAAAUCUAUGGAAUUUACUGAAGCUGUUCCUAGAACGAACUUACUGCAUAAAGUUCUAGAGGAUAGAACGGAAGUUUUUCAGAACAGAUCUAUGGAACUGACUGAAAUGAUCUGUCCUAAAACAAAGUUGCCACACAAAGUUCCUGAAGAUAAAACAGAAUAUUUUCAAAACCAAUCUAUGGAACAAACUGAAGCAGUUCCAAGAACAAACUUACUGAAUUUCAAAUCAGUCGAUACAACCCAAGUUUUUCAUGAUAAAUCUAUGGAACUUACUGAAGCGGUUCCUAGGACGAACUUACUGCACAAAGUUCUAGAAGAUAGAACGGAAUUUUUUCAUAACCAAUCUAUGGAACAAACUGAAGCGAUCUGUUCUAGAACAAAGUCACCGUACAAAGUUCCUGAAGAUAAGACGGAAUUUUUUCACAAUAAAUCUAUAGAACUAACUGAAGCUAUAGCUCCAAAUUUGAGACCUAUCAAUGAAAACGAUCUUAAAUUCCAUUGUGAAUCUCUAAAACGAACUGACGCGGAAAUCACCCAGACAAUUCAUCCUCGAGACCAAAAUCAGGACAUACACACCAGCUACUUCAUGGAGAACACAGUCUCUUUAAAUCCCUGUUUAAAACGCAGUUACAAGUGUAUCGCAGAUCCAAGAACUCCAAGAUCGGUGAUUUCUAGUCCGAACCCCAAGAACCCUCGUGAUUGCCCAGUUGACAGGAAAGCUUCCAUGGACAUGCUGCACCGGAUUCUGCACCAGGGUUUGGAAGAUAUACCUGAUAUUCCUGAGCUUCCUAAGUAUGAUUCUCUGGAAGAAUCUAUGGAGAUGACAGUAGCAAUUCCAUCUCUUACAAAUCGAUCUGAAAUUACUGUUCCAGAUCUUACAGAAAAUUGUAAUGUGGUUCCUAGUUUUGGUUCUGGAGAAAGUGUGGAACGUCAUGAUAAUUUAGAAGGAAUUUCUAUAUUAAAUCCUAAAGAAACUUUUGUGGAAUUUGAUGAUAAAAUUCAGGGGAAUGAUAUUGGAGCUACUUCUGUGUUCUUGGAACAAACGCCAUCUUUUAUGUAUACUAGUGAUCUGGAUCUGGAUGGUCAUGUUAUAAGAGAUUCUGUUUUAGAUCUGGAACAUAAUGAUCUUGAACAACAAGAUCUAAAACAACAAAAUCUUGAACAAGAUCGGGAACAACAAGAUCUAGAACAAGGUAUUAAACAACGAGAUCUUAAACAAUAUUUAGAACAACAAGUUCUGGAACAAGAUCGGGUACAACAAGAUCUAGAACAAGGUAUUAAACAACGAAAUUUCGAACAAGAUCUCGAACAACAAGAUCUUGCACAAGUUCUGAAACAAAAUCAAGAACAGGAAGAUCUGGAACAAGAUCUACAGCAAAGUAUUAAACAACGAGAUCUUAAACAAUAUUUGGAACAACAAGAUCUUUCACAAGUUCUGGAACAAGAUCAAGAACAACAAGAUCUAGAACAAGGUAUUAAACAACGACAUCUUAAACAAGAUUUGGAACAACAAGAUCUUGGACAAGUUCUGGAACAAUAUCAAGAACAACAAGAUUUUUCACAAGUUUUGGAACAAGAUCGAGAACAGCAAAAUCUGGAACAAGAUAUAGAACAACCAGAUCUAGAACAAGAUAUAGAACAGCCAGCUCUAGAACGAGAUUUGGAACAAGGUAUGGAACAACAAGAUCUGGAACAAAAUAUGGAACAACAAGAAAAUUAUGAUGCAAUUGAAUACAUUAAUUCUAAAUUGAAAGAAAGUGAUAUUAGAAGUAUCUUUACUGGAGAUCUGAGUGGAACUUCACUAAAGCGAAGUAUUUUAGACGAUGAAGCAGAAGAACAAAUUAAUAGAAAAAAAUUUAUUUAUAAGCAAGAUUUGGAUAAUAAUGAACGCCAGGAGUUAAUGAUGGAAGAAUAUCAUGAAUGCAGUGAAGAAAAUGUAAUUGAAAAAGUUUACUUACCCGAAAUUGGAAAUGUUGAAAUGAGCGAAAUUAGUCUUAGGCUAAAGAAGCUUAUUUUUAGAGAUGAAAUGGAUAACAGAAAAUUGAAAGCCAGUCGGCUGGGUCAAUUUAAAAGGAUGGAGAUAAAAACUCUGGAACUUGGAACUAAAAGGCAAAGUGAGUCCAAAACUAGGUUUGAUAUUCUUAAGGAGGGAUUAGAAGAAUACGCGAAGAGCAGGUCGUGUUUGUGGAAGAUUCACACCAUUCAUCCGGAAGUUAUUUGCAUAGAGUUCCGCAAGACGGCGCUGGUGCUUGCUGUGAAAAUAGAGGUCAUAGCGGAGGAGAAAAUUUCAAAGAUUUGUGUGGUUCCAAGGGUUAAUGAUGCAGAUUCAGAGAUGCUUAAGAUGACGGAUAGGUUGAUUGUCAGAGCAAUUGAUUGCGACAAAAUGGCGGAUGAUUAUUUAACAUAUGCGGAUGUUCCUAAGCUUAUUGCAGAUGUCACUGAGAAAGUUCACUUUGUUUAUGAUUUUUAUGAUGAGAUGGUGAAACUUUGGCGGGUUAAUUUGAUGGAACUUGAUGGAGACAUAGUUACCGUCACAGUGCGCACUAAAAAAAUGGAGACUAUUAUCAAACUGAUAAUUAAUAUUGCAAGAUAUCCUUCCGUAACUCCUGAAGACAUUAAAAUUGUUCCAAUUUUAGGAACAGUAAAGGAAGACGUCAAAAAAUUAAUAAAAAAUCUAAAGCCUAGUCCCAAGUUACUAACGCUUUAUAUAACUGAUGUUUAUGAAUUUCUUGAGUUACUUGCUUUUGCUAAUUCAAAAAACUAG